AAGAAAGCGAACGUAAGUGCGCCGGGGGUUCAAUCUGCGCGAGGGGCGCACCAACCUAUUUAAAGUUUCUCGUGUCGUGAUCACUUCCGUAACUGUACAAUUUCUAAAUAUGGUCGUCGGGCUGUAAUUAAAGCACCAAACUAACUACCGAGAUACCUUACAUGUCGACCAUGCCGCAGUAGUCGCGUAAAGCUAGACGUCGGUGACGCGUGUCUCUCCCAGUCGCAGUACGAUCUAUAUCGGCCGCACAGGUCUCCAUUCGCGACAGCAUUUAACCGUCGCCAAAAUUAAAACAGGAAAAUUGACAGGUACGCUUAUCAAUACAAUAAUAGCUUCCGCAUAAGCUUAACACAUUUCGUAAAUUUGAAUAAAAAAUUUUCUUAAAAGAACUAAAGGAAUAUGCCGCUAUAUAUUUUUUUCAAUAUUUAGUAAUUGUUACAAUUAUUUAUGACGAAUAAAAAACAUCUCAACAUUCAAAUUAAAAAUCUAAAAAGGAAUGAUAUCUAUAUAAAUUUGAAUAUUUAAAUGCAAACUCGAGCACUGCCGAGACAUCUAUAAUACGACACCUCAAUUUUAAAAAGCUAAAAGCAGAUAUUUUGACGACGAUGAACGACAAGUGAUGACAAGCUUGUGAAAACUUUUGUCAAAAAACACGUCAAUUUGAUUUGAAUUACCAAGAAGAAAAUCUCAACGACAACGUAUCGAUUAAUACGAUUUAUCGCGCCUACGCGGCAAAUGCAGAUGCGAGAGAGGGAUUGAGUUAGAAUCGAGUUUGACGCGGAAUUGUCUGACAGCGCGAUUAAAAUAAUCGAAUAAUGGAAAGCAGCAGCUGUCAUGAUCGUCGUAGAGUACAGCGAUAAGCAUCCGCUGGUGACAUCGCGCGAUUCUAAAAACGGUAAUUCCAGAGACGGGAACGUGACAGACGGCGAAAGCGUCGGCGGGUCCGACACCAGCCUCGAGGAACGAUCCUGCAAGACCGCAUUUGAAAAUCGGAAACACGCCAACCCCGACGACUCCUCGGACGUCUUACCGCUUGCAAACGACAGAAUAGCUGUUGCCAAGCAUGAUUCCGAACAGCAUCAUUGGAAGAUUACCACAGACAAGGACAUUAACACAGGCGCGUUACGCGAGGGAAGCGAUUCGGAGCGGCGCAAGAAGGACGUGGAAAAUACGUCGAAGAACAGAAAGAAGAGAAAGCGGAGAUUUUUAACCAUCUGCGCGGCGAACUGCAAGUACGACGUGGUUAGGCGCGUGGCCGCGCGAUUCGGGAUGCGGGAAGUUACGGAGGACAGCAGCUGGGAUAUUUAUUGGACCGACAUGAGCAUCAGCGUAGAGCGCGCCAAGGAUAUGAAAAGGUACCAGAGGGUCAAUCACUUUCCCGGGAUGACGGAGAUAUGCAGGAAGGAUCUGCUCGCUCGUAAUCUCAACCGCAUGCAGAAGCUGUUCCCGAAGGACUACAACUUUUUCCCGAAAACUUGGUGCUUUCCCGCGGACCACGGCGACGCGACGGCUUAUGCCAAGACGCGGAGGUCAAGAACCUUCAUUAUCAAACCGGACACGGGCUGCCAAGGACGCGGCAUUUAUCUAACGAAACAUUUAAAGGACAUCAAACCGAGCGAACGUUUCAUCUGUCAAGUGUACAUCGCAAGGCCCUUCUUAAUAGACGGAUACAAAUUUGAUCUACGUAUUUACGCACUAAUUACGUCAUGCGACCCUCUCAGGAUCUAUGUGUACAACGAAGGGCUCGCGAGAUUUGCAACGAGCAAGUACAAGGAGCCGACCGGUUACAACAUUUCCAACAUGUACAUGCACUUGACGAAUUAUUCCGUUAACAAGCACAGCCGAAUGUACGUCACCGACGACGAGAUUGGUAGCAAGAGGAAAAUAUCAACGUUGAAGAAAUGGUUAAACGCGAGAAACGUCGAUGUGGAUGAACUGUGGAGCAAGAUUGAUGAAAUUAUAAUUAAAACUGUAAUCGCCGCGCAUCCCGUGUUGAAACAUAGUUAUCACGCGUGCUUCUCGAUGCACAAUAAGACUUGCGCGUGCUUCGAGCUAUUGGGAUUUGACAUUUUGCUCGACUGGAAGCUCAAGCCGUAUCUCCUCGAGGUAAAUCACUCGCCAAGCUUUCACACAGAUGCACAGAUAGAUAAAGACGUAAAGGAAGGAUUGCUGAUGGACACCUUCGAUAUAUUAAAUCUGCAACAGUUUGACAAGAAGAAAAUAAUAGAGGAAGACAAGAAGCGUAUCAAAGAGCGACUUCUUCAAGGUUUAAAUGGGAAGGAUUUCAGUCAAAUUAACGAUACGGCAGCUUCGAUGAAAUCCGAGGGGAACGAGAACAAUUAUAUGCAAAGGCAAUUUCAGUGGGAAGACGAUCACAUGGGCAAUUUUCGAAGAAUUUAUUCGUGCUUCGACGAGGAUAAAUAUCAGCCUUUCUUUACGCAGAACGCGCUUUCCGUUUUCCAAGAUACGGUAGCGUCAAGAGCGCGAGAAGAAGCGUCGAGAAUAGAGAGAGAAGGGAACGAGCUAAAAGCAAAGGAGGAAGAACGCAAACGAGUAGUCGGGAAAUGCAGUGAGCCAAAGUUGGGUUCUGAAAGUUCAAACGUAUCAAAAAAAUUACAAGAGAAGAGCAAAUCCGCAGGCGUGUUAAGGAAAAACAUCAAUAAACAGGAUGCACAGGGAUCUUCCACCCUGUACUCCUUCGAGCCUGAAAUCAUAUCAGAGUCCGAGGAGAGGGAACGAAUAGCGGCUUUGGUGCAGAGAGAUUUUCUCAUCAAGAGCUACGGCAUGCUCGAACAGAUAUACGUGGCGAUGAAGAAGAACGGCAUGUUACGACCCGCCGACGAGAGAAAGUACGGAUUGUAUGGCAGGCUGGGAUUACACGCGAACACGAACCACGGUACAUGCUUCUCCUCGCACAAGCCCCAUCAUCUUCAAAACGGCCAUCUGGACGCUACGCAAACAGCCGCGAACCAAUACCCGCGAUGUUCCCUGAGAGGGACUGAACACAAAUCGGCGAACAAUCAGCGUGAAUCCAAGAAUUUAAGCAAAAACCUGUGGAUAACGUGCAACGAGGCGCUUGUUUAUGUUCGUCCGAAAAUACCGCAAAAACUGUGGACGGAGGAAAUGAACUCUAAUAGUCACAUGGGACGCGUAACGAAAACACACGUCGCUAGAACAUUGUCGAACACUGUGCGGCUGCACACGCUCGAGAGAAGAGAAUCUUCUCAUUCGGCGAAAUCUAAGUAAGCUGCACAUCUACGUUUCUAUCUCUAGUUGACGUCGCACCUCAACAUUGAGGACAAAAUAGGCUGUCUUGUCUGUCUGGGAUAAGAAAAAGCAAGAAAACAUAAUAAAGGAAUUAUUUUUUCGAAAGAUAUUAAAACAGUCGAUUAAUAUAAAAUUGGUAAAGAGAAAAUUUCGACGCUACUACAAAGACCUUGCGAUGUCGUGCUAUUGACGUUGCUGAUAUCGAGCAGAAAUGAAGAUUAGUAACAAUAAGAUUCGUAAUAUUGAGAAAUAUACAAUUUCACAUUAAAUAUAUUACAUAUAAUUCUCACAAAUUAAUAAUUGCUUAGCUGCGUUAAAAAUAACUAUUGAUUAAGUAAAUUCUUAUUCCGAUGAGAAUACUAGCGCGAGUCGAGACGAAAUAAAAUGAGCCUUAUCCAACAUCCGGGAAAUGAAUGAACCUCGGGACGCGUCUCGGUGCGUGAGCGGAUGCUGUUUCAAGGUAGAGAACAGUAAUAUAUAAAAAUUAACAAUGUAUCGACUUGUUAUUUAAAGUGCCAUAUAAAUAUGUACAAUAGAUGUAUAAGUGAACAUGUACACGUCACAUAAGAGUGGGAAUUAGGUACGCGCCGGGUGCGUAUGUAAAAUGGUCAUAUACAUACGUAGAUGCCAGUCUAUAAUAUGUAUAACAAUUUUUAUUGCUGAUAUAUAUUCUAUAUUCACAUGAUAAAAAAUAUUAAAAAAUAAUCUAUGAACAAUUUGUCGCGUGCUGGUUUUUGCCCCGUUCAUGAUAUUGCGUCCACGUCGUUUCGUCGCAGCGUUUCACUGUCGCUCUCUUCAGCUUCUCUUUCCUCCUGCUAUUUUUUUUUUUUCCAUCGUCUUCACGUUUCAUCGUUUUCACGUGUCGCAAUCGGUAAACCGAGCCUGUGGUAGACGCGCGUUUCAAGAGUGUGUUACGACAUAAUCGAGAAUUCAAAGUUCUUUCAAAGUUUCAAAGUCGGAAUAACAAUAAUUCGCAAUUUUAUACAAAAUAAUGUGUAUGUGUAUGUAUGUGAGUGUGUAUGUAAAA